AUAUUAUUCAUUUUAAUUUAGAUGAUUCCUAUGUCUAAUAAUGUUUAUCUUCCCCCCUUCUUUCUAAAGGAAAGGUGCACCCACAACAUCCCUUACCAGUGUGGCUGUUACAAAAAUAAUUGCACAAGUCCUAGAGAAUAACAAGCUGCCUGGUGCUAUUUGCUCUCUAGCUUGUGGUGGAGCAGAUAUUGGCAUAGCAAUGGCAAAAGAUGAGCGAAUUGAUCUGCUCUCCUUCACGGGCAGCACCAAUGUGGGCAAGCAGGUAGCUGUGACAGUCCAGGAGAGAUUUGGACGAUGCCUGUUGGAGCUUGGUGGAAACAAUGCAAUUAUUGUAUUUGAAGAUGCAGAUCUCAACCUGGUCAUUCCAUCUGCCCUCUUUGCAGCUGUGGGUACAGCAGGCCAGAGGUGCACAACUGCUAGGAGGCUGUUUUUGCAUGAAAGCAUCCAUGAUGUAGUUGUGGAAAAACUCAUGAAGGCAUAUGCUCAAGUCCGUAUUGGAGAUCCAUGGGAUGCAAAUACCUUAUAUGGUCCUCUUCAUACAAAGCAAGCUGUUAAGAUGUUCCUUGAUGCAGUGGAAGUAGCCAAACAGCAAGGUGGUUCUGUUGUCUAUGGUGGGAAGGUUAUAGAGCGUCCUGGAAACUAUGUUGAACCAACCAUUGUGGUUGACCUUCCCCAUAAUUCUUCAAUUGUGCAUACAGAGACAUUUGCUCCUAUUCUCUAUGUGCUCAAAUUUAAGACAGAGGAAGAAGCUUUUGGUUGGAACAAUGGUGUGAAACAAGGCUUGUCCAGCAGCAUCUUCACUAAAGAUUUGGGCAGAAUAUUCCGAUGGCUAGGGCCCAAGGGGUCAGAUUGUGGAAUUGUUAAUGUCAAUAUCCCUACCAGUGGAGCUGAAAUUGGAGGUGCAUUUGGAGGUAAUAAACACACAGGUGGUGGAAGGGAAUCUGGUAGUGAUUCAUGGAAGCAGUAUAUGAGGCGAUCUACCUGCACAAUUAAUUACAGCAAAGAUUUGCCUCUUGCUCAAGGAAUCAAAUUUAAUUAAGAGGCAGGUGGAAACACUACCUUUGGUGAACCUUGCAGUAAGAAACCAAACGUCUAUUGAUUUCAAAUCCACAGACAACGGCUACCUGAAAUAUCAAGCAUCGAGGUUGUUUGUAACUGCUGCACUGGUCUCAUCCAGAAAAUUCAAAUUAUGUUAUGUACGCCAGUCAUGUUAACAAUGUGUCCAAGACUCUGAUUCUGAGCAGUGGAGAGCAGAUGAAGAGUUUGGCAGUGAAGUAGAAUUUGGAUUAUGAGCUACAAAAUUUGGAUUAUGCAUAAAUCCUAAAAUCCUAACUUUGCCACAUUGGCAGAACAAUGGCAGCCAAUGUGUUUGGAAAUAAUUUAUAUGAUAUUGGCUUCACUGCAGAAAUAAACUAUUUUAUAAAGCUCUUGUUA